AAGACCGGAUAGAGUAGAAAGAAAAUAUGCGAAAUGGAUAUUAGGCUUAGAUAUGACAACACCAAAUUAUAUAUUGAUAGAAGAAUGCAAGAUAAUAGAAAUAAAAAAAAAGCAUUAAAAAGAGCAGCAAGGUAUGAAGAGAAAGCCCUAGAAUCAAAAAAGGAAUUAGUAAAGGAGUGCAUAAAGGAAAGAGAGAGAAACUGGGGAAAUGGCCAUGAAGGGAAAAGAGCAAGAAAGAGAAAUAAGAGACUAGAAGAGAUGAGAAAGGGAGGGACGCAGAUAGAAGCAGGAGAGGAGCAAGAAAGGAUGACAGCAGACCAAAUUAUAGAAGAAAGAAGAAAGAGAGAAGCAGAAGAGAGGGGAAAAUGAUAAGGGAAUCCAAAUAUAAUAUACACUACAGAAAUAUAGCUAAAGAAAAAGUUACCAAAAUACUUAGAAGGGAGGAUGAAGUGGAAGGACAGAAGAAUACUGACAAGAUUCAGAUGUGGAAACGAAACCAAAGCAAGGGAAUACUGGAAAGAAGAGGGAGAAAAAAAUGCAGACUAUGUAGAAGGAAAGAAGAAGACCUGAGACAUGUAAUAGGAGAAUGUGAAAUAAUGGAAGGACCAAAGGACAUAGGAAAAAUGCUAAAUGAGGCUGGAGAAGGUUUAACAGAACUGAAAGCAAUAGUAGAGAAGAGUAGGGCAAACGACAGGAAGGAUUCAUUAGUUGUUAAUUUGUAGUUUCUAGUUUUAGUUUUUAGAGAUAGAAUAAUUAAGGGAGUGCAAUAGAAUAGAGUGGAAAAGAGAGGAGAUAGACAUAUAAGAAGAGAAAUAGACAUAAGAGAUGUAAAACCGAAAGU